GAAAGUAUUAUUUAAAUUAACUUGAGUUUCUACUCAUUCGGUGCUAAUAAUUGCUUGACUCGUAUUCAAAUUAACUUUACAUCCAAUGCAUGUGUGACCAGAAGAAAUUUCUUAAAACCACAAACAAGUUUUUUUUACGACUUUAAUGUCUGUGAACGAGAUUCACAGUUUAUUUUUGAUACCAAGAGCUCAAUCUCUUCUUUCUCUUCUUGUAGCUCUUCAGUUGAUGUUCAAAGGUGGUUCGCGAUGGAAGUUUUACUUUUAACUUGUUUGGUGAUUCUAAUAGUUUACUUACUGAACCAUUAUUAUUUUACUUACUGGAAGCGACAUGGAUUUUGUCAGAUGGACAGUCCAAUGUGGUUAUUAGGAAAUAUCAGUGACUUGUUCUUCUUCCGAAAGAGUUUUUCAAAUUGUUUCAUUGACCUCUAUGAAAAGUAUAAGCAUCAUAAGUACAUUGGAUGCUACUUCACUUAUAAACCAAUUUUAUUUGUGAAUGAUCCAGAAGUAGUGCAAGAUAUUCUAGUGAGUAACUUCAGUAGCUUUACAGAUCGCCCUAGAUUUGUUGAUGAAGUUCGAGAUCCAAUAUCAACACAUCUCUUUAAUAUUGGUGGACAGAAAUGGAGAGAAUUGAGAUUUAAACUUUCUCCAACUUUUACAAGUGGAAAGUUAAAAGGAAUGUUUCCGAUUAUGAGAGGCUGUGGAAAAACACUGCGAGACUUUAUGCUCAAAAAUAAUUCAAAUGGAAAAAACGUUUUUAACUUUAUUGAUUUGUUUGCCAAAUACACAACGCAUAACAUUGUGACAGUCAUCUUCAGCAUUGAUAGUGACACAUUUGAUGAUCCAGACAAUGUUUUUAGAAAAAUAAGUGCAAACUUCUCGGAACCAUCAAAGAGACAACAUAUUAUGGACAUUUUCUCAUUCUUAGUGCCAAACAUACUGCAUGCAAUUUCGAUAUUUAAUUUUAGAUCAGUCACAGCUAAUGUUAAUGACUUUGUUAUGAAUUUUGUUGCUAAAAUUGUAAAGCAUCGUGAGGAUACGAAAUUUCAAGGAAAUGAUUUUCUGCAAUUGCUGAUUCAGUUGAAAAAUCAAGGAUACAUAUUAACUAAGAAGAAUGAGGAAGUAGAGCAGAAUGGCGAUAAAACUAGAAGUGAAAAUAUUAACAUUAUGAAGAAAUUAACGAUGGAUGAAAUCGCUGCACAAGUUCAUGUGUUUUUUGUUGGCGGUUUUGAGACAUCAACAGCAACGAUGUCAUUUUGUCUAUUCGAGUUGUGUCGUCGUCCAGAUAUUCAAAAGAAAAUUCAGGAAGAACUAGAUAAUGUGUUUGGUGCUAGUACAAACUUUGAUGAUGUAACUUACGAGAUGUUUAAUAAUUUAAAAUAUCUCGAGUGCUGCAUCAACGAAACAUUGAGACUUUAUCCACCACUAUCUAUUUUGUUCCGCACAUGUACUAAGGACUACAAAAUGCCAGAUACAGAUUUAAUAAUUGAGAAGGGAACAUCCGUUUAUAUUCCGGCCAUAGCAAUACAACGUGAUGCAGAAAUUUUCGAAAAUCCAUUGGAAUUUACUCCCGAGAGAUUUAUGGAUUCACCAACAGGAAAUGGAAAGGCGAACGGAGGAUUUUAUUUACCAUUUGGAGACGGUCCGAGACAUUGCAUUGGCGAACGAAUGGGAAAAAUGCAAGCUAAAAUUGGACUCGCUAGUGUAUUGUGGAAAUUUUCAGUGGAAUAUAAUAAUAAGGAGGAUUUUGGUGACAUGCCCGAGUUGCAGAAAACACAAUUCUUUUUGAGAUCAGCAAAGCCAUUCAAUUUUAAAAUAACACCAAGGAUUUGAAGUUUGCUGUUUCAAGCUAUGAAAGAACGAAUUUAAUCCAGAUUAUGCAUCAACAUUGCUCAGCAAAAUUUCUAUAUAAAGAGGCUAAGUCCUUAGUCCCACUAAAAAAAUAAUAUAACAUUUAUUUAUUAUGAAGCUUAAGAUAAGUGAACAUCCGACAUUAGAUCAAUAAUAAUAAAUUAUUGAGUAUAAUAAUAAUAAGACUUUCAGUUCAUAUUACAUCAGCACAAUGACACAAGACAACGUAAUUUAAUACUAGAUAAAUAAUUAAUGAAAUUGUGUAACAAAAUAUGCAAUCUAAAUUAUUUGUAUCGAUCACUCAACAACUGUCCAUAUGUUUAUGAUAUAUUAAAUUAUCAACAGCAACUGCAUGCAUUUAUGUAAACGAACAUACAAGCGGAUAUAUCCAUUAACUAAUUGAAACAAAUUUCUUCCAUUCACCUGCAUAUAUUCAAUGCAGUCCUUAUAAAAUUGACUAGGGAUAGAAUUAGAAAACAGAAAAUUCUUCAUUUGUAGUUGUGUGGAUAUCCGAACGGAACAUAAACCCACAAAUUAUGAACAGAAAUUAAUGCAAUGAUAAAAUAAACUCAAAAAUUCAAUUUAUGGUUUUUUAU